CUUCCAGCUAUACUCAUAGUUCUACCUUCGGGAUCUAUGUUUUAUUUCUACGAAACCGAAGCUCCGAUUUACUUGAAAGCAAUAUUUUCUGGAAUAGCCAAACCUGUAUUUGCUUCGAUCAUUUGCGUUAUCGUCUUUGGAAUGGCCUUUAAAUUAGAAAAUGUGUACCGAGGUAUAUUAGAAUGGAAAGGCUGGGCGUCACCAGCUCGGGUCUCCUACUGCGCCUACAUUCUGCACGUACUCUUUGUAAGAACGUUGACAGGCUCACGAACGACUUUGAUGCACGUGUCAGUAGCCCAUAUUGUUUUAGUAUGUCUGGGAACAGUAGUGAUUACAUACUUGGUUUCUUAUCCAUACUGGUUACUGAUAGAAGCACCAUCGAUAGCUUUAUCUAAAAUAAUUUUACCUUUAGCCAAAGUGAAGAAAGACAUUGAAAAUGAUCCUUCAAAGAGGGAAAGGAAUCACGCUUAGGGAUGCUGUACACGGGUAGCU